AUGCAUGAUGUUUUAAAAAUAGGUAAUAUUAUUAAUAAAUGGCAUAAAACAUUGGUACAAUAAUAAUAUAAACAUUGACGAUUAAUAAAUAUAUAAUAAUAACAUAUAUCAAUAAAUAUAUAAAUAAAUUAUUAUAUAUUAUAUUUGUUUUGUAAUAAUAAUUGUUCUAUAAUAAUUGUUGCAGAAAUGAAAUAUUUAAAAUAGCAUUAAAUAAACUCAUUGUAAAGAAGACAAUUUUAAAUUUAAAUGGCAAAUAAAAAUUUAUUUAAAAUGAAGAUUAAAUAGUAAUUGAAAAUCGGCAAUGAGAAUAAGACAAUCACAGCAAAAUAUUGAACAUGCAAACGAUGAAAGAAUGAAAUUAAAAGAUUAUCUUCUGCCUCAAACUUUAGAUCACAUUUAAGAUGAAAACAAACGAAAACAAUUAAUAUGUCUAUUACGCACGAAGAAUUAUUAAAAGUUAUUUCUCAUUUUGCAUUAUUAUAUGAAAUUAUCAUUUGGAAGUAAUUUGUUCCUCAAAUGAGAUAUUGGGAUUUAUUUGCAUUAAUUCUUAUUUUAAAAUGUUGUCUUCCUUAUUUCUAAGCCUAACUAUGUCUUGAAGCAAACGUAAGCAUUAUUUAAAUAAAACAUUUGCCUCGAUAUUAUCUUGAAAUAAUCUUCUGUUAAUUCAUUUGAAUAAGCAAAUGAUUUCUCUGAAUUAUUCGAUUUGAUUAUCAAAUAAAAUAAUUUUUUUAUCCCAUUUGUAUUUAUUUCUAUGAAUAAUUUCUCAAGUAGUUUUCAAUUGUUAUUAUUAUUUAUUUUGUAAUAUGAAUUUAGUUAUUUUAUUUCAAUGAAUUAAUUCAAAUAAUAAAUUAUUUGCGAAUGAUCUAUUUGGUAUGCACCAAGGGUAAAGUUACUUUCAUUUUGCAAAUGAAAAUAAUGGAACGAAUGGAAAUGAUUCCUUAUUUCAGAUUAUUAUUUUUUUAUCACGAUUUCACAUAAAAUUUGCACAGCCAUGCCUCGAGGAUUUUCAAGACUUCCAAGACUCCGACAAAGUUCUGAGAUAUCGAAUCGUAUCCGAAGCGAUUCGAACUUUCGCAGCAUAGAAAAACUUCGAUCCGCUUCGAAACUGAGAGUUGCAUCAAUUUUCGCUGGAAAAUAUAUUUAUUGUCGCAUUCUUCGUAAGAAAGCUGAGUUAUUCAUAUCCACAUCGGAAGAUGUUCUUACCGUAUUAGGCUUCCGAAAAAUCUGA